AUGAAAUCUGAAUGUGUUCUAGUAAUUGGAGCAUCCAGUGGAAUCGACUAUCAUUUAGCACAAUAUUUUGCACGUGAUCAUCAUGGUGUGAUUCUUGUUUCUCAUACUCAAUCUGAUCUUGAACAAGUUGCACAAGAAUUCAAAACAAAAUUCAACUGUCUUCAAGUGACAGUAAUUGCAAAAGAUCUUUCGAAACUUGACUCAUCUAAGGAAUUAUACGAUGAGAUCAAACAAAAAUAUCAAUUACCUAUUGAUUUUUUAGUGAACAAUGCUGGAAUAGGUUUUCGUGGUCAAAUCUGA